AUGCAGUCUGAUCAGCCACAAAUUCCAAGAAGGGCAAAAAUGUCAUCUUCAGUGGAGGAGAAAGAGAACGUAUUGAAAGAUACAAUCUUGAAAAUAGAAAAGAGCUAUGAUCAAGGUUCAGAAGGAAAACACAAGGCAAAUGUAAACAUAGAUUAUAAUGAUGUGAAAGCCUUGUAUGAUAUGGCAACAGGGGAAGAUAAAGGCUAUGUGUUAGAGUUUUGGAACAAACUGCACGCACCACAUUAUAAGGUUGGUGCUUUGCCGGAAGACAAAUACUAUUUUGAAAAAGGCAAAUUCGUAAUCCACGAUAGUGGCACAAAGAAACUUAUAGUAUUACCUUAA